AUGCUCAGCGGCCCGCCUAGGAUCAUUCCCUUUGUCUUUGUCUUUCUCGCCCUCACCUUGGUGUGGUGGUACCUGCAUGCUGUCCCUGGUGCAGGCCCGUCAUUGGCAACAUGGAAGCCCCAGACCUCACCACCGGGCAACCGUCCCUCGCUGCGCGGCGACCCUCUCGACUUUGGCCUGCCCCUGCGCUUCUCCGACCCUGUGCGCAAGCCCCCGGGAAGCAACUACACGUACAAGAUUGUCGUCCCCAAGACCCAGAAGGAGGACAUUAGCUGGAUGGAAACCGAGAUUCCCGAUGCGCCUCUCGUAGUCUACGAAGUCGACAAUCCAGAUGCCGAGCACAAGAUCCCCAAGAACAAGGGCCGCGAGGCCAUGGUGUACCUCUCCUACAUCAUCGACCAUUACAAUGACCUUCCCGACACCGUCAUCUUCAUGCACGCCCACCGCCACGCAUGGCACAACAACAUGCUCCUCGGUCUCGACUCCGCCCAAAUGAUCAAGCGCCUCAACCAUGACCGCGUUGCCCGCAUGGGCUACAUGAACGUUCGCUGCCACCACGAACCCGGCUGUCCCGACUGGAUACACAUGGACCGUCCCGGCGGCGACUUUGACUUCUUCCACAAACCCGAGGAAAUCUAUUGGCGAAAGGAGGUUUGGGAGGAGAUCCACCCCGGCGCGCCCAUCCCCCCCUCCAUCUCGGGAAUCUGCUGCGCCCAAUUCGCCGUUUCGCGCCAGCGCAUCCAAGAAGUGCCCAUUGAGCGCUUCAUUCACUACCGUAAAUGGCUCCUAACUACAGGCAUGGACGAUCAGUUUUCCGGCCGCAUCUUCGAAUACAUCUGGCACUACAUCUUCACCGGCCACGAAGUACAUUGUCCAGCCAUGAACACAUGCUACUGCGACGGCUACGGCUACUGCUUUGGUGGCCUGGCUAAAUUCAACGAAUACUUCAAGAAACAAGAUGCGCGCAACGAAAAGUUCACCGAAUACGACGGCUACCAGAAGAAGGAAAAGGAGGCAGAGAAGGAUGGCAAAGAUUCUCCCCUCACUGAAGACGAGAAGAAGAGGUUUGGCGAGCUCAGAGCCCAGCUUUUGGUUAUGGACCGCGAACUCGACGAGCUGAGAGAUGCGGCGAAGAAGAGGGGCGAAGACCCUAAAGCUAGAAAGGAAGAGACUGAGUCGUACGAUUCGAGCCACAUUUGGGACUAUGCCCCGCAUGACAACUGA